AUGGCGGAGCUGCCAGGCCGCACGUCCCCCGGCUUAGCUCCAGCUGCCGGCGGCGUCACUGUCACUGUCACUGUCACCCUCACCGUGACCCGCGGGCACCGAGCCACCGGCUGUGUCCCCCCCCCUGGGAGAGUCCUGCACCACCGCACACGCGAGAGGGGUGACCUGGGGGGAGAAGGGAAAUAUGAUCCAUGCCCACCCAUCCUGGGGCAGGCCAGGACCCUCUGUGGGUGGGUGGGGGGCAACCAAAUCCCUCGAAUCCCUCGUGCCCAUGGCUCCUGCCAGUCUGUGGGCAUAGGGGGGUGCCACAGCCCCCACACUGGGGUGACACCAGUGGGGUCCUUGAUACCCAUCUCUCUCUCUCCUUGGGGGCCAGUCCAAGGCUCGCGGCCGGGGAAGAACGUGCAGCUGACGGAGAACGAGAUCCGAGGGCUCUGCCUCAAGUCACGGGAGAUCUUCCUCAGCCAGCCCAUCCUCCUGGAGCUGGAAGCACCCCUCAAGAUCUGCGGUGACAUCCACGGGCAGUACUACGACCUGCUGAGGCUUUUUGAGUACGGGGGCUUCCCCCCUGAGAGCAACUACCUGUUCCUGGGCGACUACGUGGACCGGGGCAAGCAGUCCCUGGAGACCAUUUGUCUUCUCUUGGCCUACAAGAUCAAGUAUCCCGAGAACUUCUUCCUGCUGCGCGGCAACCACGAGUGCGCCAGCAUCAACCGCAUCUACGGCUUCUACGACGAGUGCAAGCGGCGAUACAACAUCAAGCUCUGGAAGACGUUCACCGACUGCUUCAACUGUUUGCCCAUCGCCGCUAUCGUGGAUGAGAAGAUCUUCUGCUGCCAUGGAGGGCUGUCUCCCGACCUGCAGUCGAUGGAGCAGAUCCGGCGGAUCAUGCGCCCCACGGACGUGCCGGAUCAGGGCCUGCUCUGCGACCUGCUCUGGUCCGACCCCGACAAGGACGUGCAGGGAUGGGGGGAGAACGACCGCGGCGUCUCCUUCACCUUCGGGGCCGAGGUGGUGGCCAAGUUCCUGCACAAGCACGACCUGGAUCUCAUCUGCCGGGCGCACCAGGUAGUGGAAGAUGGCUACGAGUUCUUCGCCAAGCGCCAGCUCGUCACCCUUUUCUCGGCGCCUAAUUACUGCGGGGAGUUCGACAACGCGGGCGCCAUGAUGAGCGUGGACGAAACGCUCAUGUGUUCAUUUCAGGGUGGGGGGGCACCCCUGCGGUGA